AUGUGUUUGCUGGGAGUUAGAAAAGGUCUGAUGAGGAGAAUGAUGGAGGAAACUGGAAUAACAGCGGACACAAACCGGAAGGUGGCGGUAAUGGAACGCUUUUGGAUGUUAAAACCUCAAAGAAGAGGAAAAGAAGAAGACCGAAAAAAAAACAUCCAGAUUCUGGAUUAUGAGGCAUUUAGAGGCAGACUGCAGCUGAACCAGACUGGAUCUCUCAGCAUCACAAAUGUCAGGACCAAUCACUCUGGACUUUAUAAAGCAGAAAUCAGCCACAACACUGGAACCUCAUAUAUUAAGUUUAGAGUUACUGUCUAUGAGUCUCCAUCUGUUAUUGCUGGGGCUGAAGCUGAAAUGAAGAGCGUGUCAGUGAAGGAGGCUAAACAUGAUAUAGAGGCCAAGAGCUCACCAUUAUAUUAUGAUGAGCGAUUCAGAGACAGACUGCAGCUGAAUGACCAGACUGGAUCUCUGAGCAUCACGAGCACCAGAACCACAGACUCUGGAUUUUAUAAAGCGAAGAUCAGCAGCAACAAACAGACUUCAUACAAUAGAUUCACUGUAACUGUCAGUGAACCAGGUCUGUCUCCAGGUGUUGUAGCAGUGAUUGUUCUUCUGCUAAUGGCUGCAACUGCAGCUGCUGGCGUUUUAUUUUAUUGUCGCAAGAACUCUGAUCUAAAUAAUCAAAAGUUGAAAAUCUCUGAACGACAAAAGGAAACAUCGGGGAUCUCUGAAAAACUAAAGCAAAUGUCCGAGAUCUCUACACAACUAAAGCAAAUGAGCGAGGAUUGUGAAAAAGUAUUGCCUGAGAUAUCUGAACACCAUCAAACAUUGAAGAUCUCUGAUAAACUAAAGGAAAUUUCGGAUUACUCUGAACGACUAAAGCAAAUGUCGAAGUACUGUGAACAAGAAUUGUGCAAGAUCUCUGAACGAUUAAAGCAAAUGUCUUUGACAAAGAAAGGGGAGAUCUCCGAACAAAAAACACCUUUAAUAGAUGAAGUGGAGAUCUUUGAACAAGAAAUAGGUGCUGAUGGCACAAAAGAAGAGACAACGAGAUCAGAGAUGGCGAAAGGUGAAAGUGAACAGUCCAUUAUUGUUGAAGAUACUGCUAUAAGUCAAGCGAUUGGAGGGCCACGUGGGGCUGAUGGGAGAAUCAGAGACAGACAGGGCAAGAGCCUUGUAGUCCGUAACACCGGUACUGAACAUACUGGAGUUUGUACACAUGAAUCAACAGGAAAAGGAGUGAAUGAAGAAACAUCAGUUUAAUGGUAUAAACAUGCACAUAUUACAGUCUCCACUAUUAUUUUAUUGUUGUUCCGUCUCUUUAGUUUUAUUUUCUACUGGGAAACAGCAACCAGGGCCAGUGUUGCCACCUUUUAGAAAAACUGAUUAGUGCAAGUCAAUGCGCAGGUGUACAAACUAAUACACUAAUAACAAUAUAAAACACUACAAUCUGAUAAGCUGUUGAGUUAAUGAAUGUUAAU